CAGAACUACAAUGCUUCCAAGCGGAUACUGCAGCUUGCCCAGCCAAAGGGGCUGCACCCAGACUUCAUGCCCCCCAGAGAGAUUUCCAUAUCACCUCGGAAGAUAGUUGCAACCCCUCGGACCAUUGAGCUGUCGAAGCCCAAACAACUCCACCCGAACUUCAUGCCCCCGCGGGAUCCCGAGUGGCCGGUCACAGAGGCUGCCAAGCAUGCGGUGCCUACAAAAAGAAUUCUGGGGCUGGCCCAGCCUUCCUCAAGACCUCGUAUGACUCCACUCAACCCAGAUGCAUUCAAAGUGAAAGAGAGUGCUCUGAAGGCGGUUUGUACUCCACGGCUUGCAGAACUGGCUCAACCAAUUAGGCACUAA